AUGCCUUCAACAUUAUCUUGUUCGUCUUCAUCCAACAUUCCUCAAUUUCUUGAGAAUCAGGCUCAUCAAGUGGCUAUUCAGGAAUAUGGACCUACCAUAUACUCUCAUCUUGUUCAAUUGGAGCUUUCCCAUGAGUCCUCGAUUCCUUGUCUUUCGUCUCAGGACUUUUCUGGAAUGAGAAUGUGCUGCCUCAAUUCUCUAUUUGAUGUUGUCAAUAGAGUUAGUUGGCAGUCUUCUACAUUCUCACUGGCUGUUCGUCUAUUGGAUGUUUACUCUGCAAAGACGCUGAUUGACCGCAAAUACUAUCGUAUGGUGGCCUUCUGCUGUCUCUGGAUAGCUUCCAAAUAUAACGAGAACAAACCAAAGGGAAAGCUGGCAGAUGCUUUACUCAAAAGAGCAGGAUAUUCUCAUGAUGAAAAGCCAAACUUCUUGGCCACGGAGGCAAAAAUCCUCAACAUCUUGCACUGGGAUUUAUCGUAUUCGACGACGGAGUCCUUUUUAGACUUGUUUUUAAAUACUGCAGAACCUAACAAUGUCGAGAGACGCUAUGGUGCACUUUUUCUUUGCGAAUUGGCACAUUUCCGUUCCGAAAUUUGUUUGAAUUACCCAGCAAGUGUCAUUGCCACGUCAGCAGUUCUCGUCACCAAUGUUGCUCUGCUUAAUUUGCGUCACAAACAUAUAUGUCAGCAUCGUUUUGGUGAAUUGGAUACCCUGCUGUUGAAGUCUGUCGUGACAAUGCCUUCAGCGAUGAGAUACAAGUACUUGGAGAAUGACCAGAAAGCUGCUCUGCCUCAGCAAUACUCGAGCAAAGCUACCGUAAUUAGAAAUUUGGUUGAUUUGGCUACCUCCUUCUUGAAAGAGCAACGCCAACUCGAUAUGCACUACCACGGUCUUUCCCUUCUACAGACGACCUCUUCUCCUACCCAAGAGCUCAAAAUGUAUGCCGCUUUCCCUAUCUCUCCAAUUGCUUCUCCUACCAGACUGCAAGGUUCCCCGACUACUUCUAUGAGUCCAAAACUUACUCGUGUGUCAUCCACAUCCAUUCCAGGCUGCCAUGGCAGGUCCAACUCGGCAACCUCCUUGCUUACAAGGUCGUUUGACACUUCUAUACCAACGCCAGGUUCUACGCCAAGGUCUUCCGCCGUCUCCAAUCCUUCAUUUAUUUACCCCAAACCACCGUCUUCUCUAUGCGCUGGAUCUAACAGUGGUGUUACCUGCCAGUAUGCCACACCUCAGAUUUUUACCCCAGUUCAACUUGCACCUCCUCCAUUUCUCUUUCACAGAGUGCCUUUCUUGGCUAACCAUUCGCAGAUUCCUUGUAAUUCAUUGACUUCGUCUGCAGUGUCCAAUAAUCAAGCAGAUUCUGGAAAGUGCCUAAAGAAGAGAAGACUAUGA